AGCCCCUGCCAUGACCUCCAAACAAACCAGAAAGAAAGAGGUGCAUCGUAUCAACUCGGCGCACGGAUCGGAUAAAUCUAAAGAUCAGUAUGUUUUUGGCAGUAAUGUACAGCCCAGCGAACAGAAGAAGGGGAGGUUUCCAAUCUGGCCGGAAUGGAGUGAAGCCGACAUAAAUGCUGAAAAGUGGGAUGCAGGCAAAGGUGGAAAGGAGAAGGACAAAACGGGGAAAAGCCCUGUACUUCAUUUUUUUGAAGACCCUGAAGGAAAGAUUGAAUUGCCGCCAUCAUUGAAAAUUUAUUCCUGGAAACGUCCACAGGAUUUUUUAAUUAAUCAGGCUCCAGUGGUUGUGAAAAAUGAAAUCCUGUUUGACUUGUUUUCAGCAAACGAGCACUUGAUCUGCAGUGAGCUGAUGAGAUGGAUUAUCAGUGAGAUCUAUGCCGUGUGGAAGAUCUUCAACAGGGGUGCUUUGAACAGUUAUUUCAAAAGGACGUCAGGGGAGCCUCCUCUUCUGACCUGGAAGCCCUGGGAACACAUUUACUCCCUGUGCAAGGCUGUGAAAGGUCACAUGCCCUUGUUCAACAGCUAUGGAAAGUAUGUUGUGAAACUUUACUGGAUGGGUUGCUGGAGGAAGAUAACUAUUGAUGACUUUCUGCCUUUUGAUGAAGAAAACAAUCUCCUGCUUCCUGCGACAACCUAUGAAUUUGAACUUUGGCCAAUGCUUUUAUCUAAAGCUAUCAUUAAGCUGGCAAAUGUUGACAUCCACGUAGCAGAGAGGCGAGAACUGGGAGAGUUCAUGGUGAUUCAUGCACUCACAGGAUGGUUACCGGAAGUCAUUUCUCUCCACCCAGGAUAUAUGGACAAAGUUUGGGAGCUCUUGAAAGAAAUAUUGCCUGAGUUUAAGCUGUCAGAUGAGUCCAGCUCUGAAAACAAAAUAACAGAGAUCGAUGCCAAAUUAAAAGAACAAGGGAAAGAUGUGAAGGAUGGGAAAGAAGUGAAAGAUGGCAAAGAUGGCAAGGAAUUCAAACCUGAAGGUUCAACAACAACACUAAAAUUAUCUGAGAAAAGUGACAGAGUUUUAAAGGAGAAAGCCGAUGCAAGAGACCCUGGGAAGAAGAGGAGUAGAGAUGGAGAGAAGGAAAGAGAAAAGGAAAAAUUCAAAUGGUCACUUCAUGGUUCGAGACCUUCAUCAGAUGUACAGUACUCUCUACAGUCUCUGUUAGAUUGUUCUUCAGCAAUGCCGUCCCCUCAGAUGGUUGUAUAUGCUACCUUUACACCUCUUUAUUUGUUUGAAAGGAAGAUUUUUUUAUUAAAGAAGAUGGCUGAUUCUGCUGAGAAACUUAGAGAGUACGGGCUUUCCCACAUCUGUAGCCAUCCUCUGCUGGUGACAAGAACUAGGUCUUGUCCCCUGAUAGCACCGCCGAAACCACCUCCUGUACCUUCCUGGAAACUCCUUCGUCAAAAAAAAGAAACUGUCAUAACAGAUGAAGCUCAAGAAACAGUAAUAAAGAAGCCUGAACAGUUUCUUGAGAUUUCAAGUCCGUUUUUGAAUUAUAGAAUGACUCCGUUUACAAUUCCAACAGAGACUCAUUUUGUGCGAUCCUUUAUUAAGAAAGGGGUGCUUCCAGGAUCUGGUUUAUCUCCCCUUACUGAAAAUGAUGAAUCUUCAGUCUAUAACCAGGUAGACUUAAAUCAAUCGACGGGAACUGCAUCUCAGGGUCAUGUUGCUUCACAAGCUGUACUUGGAAAAGAUGAACCGUCAGACUGUGGACUGAAUGACACAGCCCAUCCAGCUGAGGGAAUCAGUUUGGAAAGAGAUUUGUUCAGCCAGAUAACAGCAACACAAGACAAAUCGCAGGAGGAGCUUACAACAGUAAAUAACAGCGUUUGUAAAGAAAUAUGGUUAGAUUUUGAAGACUUCUAUAUAGGCUUUCAGAAUAUAUGUAUUUUCCACAAGCCAAGUUCGUACUGUUUUAACUUUCAAAAAACAGAAUUCAAGUUCUCGGAUGAACGCAUGUCCUACUAUCUGUUUGUGGACAGUCUAAAACCUAUUGAACUGCUGGUUUGCUUUUCUGCAUUGGUACGCUGGGGAGAAUCCGGAGCUUUAACAAAAGACAGCCCCCCCAUAGAGCCUGGACUACUUACAGCUGAAACAGUUUCUUGGAAAUCUCUGAGGCCACGCGAUCUUGUUGUGAAGAUUCACACAUAUGCAACCAAGGCCGCAGUGGUUCGCCUGCCAGUUGGGAGACACAUGCUGCUCUUCACUGCGUCCUCCCCAGUGGGGCACUCCAUACACAUCUGCAGCAUGGGGACCUUUGUCGUCGGGGACGAGGAUGUUGUGCUGCCCAGCUUUGAGCCGGAGAGCUAUCGAUUUACAGAGCAGUCUUUAACAAUUUUGAAAGCUGUUGGACACGUGAUUGCUAAUUUCAAGGAUAAGGGUAGACUCUCUGCAGCCCUGAAAGAUCUGCAAACAGCUCACUACCCUAUCCCCCUGCAGGACAAAGAACUAACUGCGCAGCACUUCAGGGUUUUUCAUGUCUCUUUAUGGCGUUUAAUGAAAAAAGCCCAAAUAGCAAAACUUCCUCCCAACCUCAAAUUUGCCUUCCGUGCUAUGGUUUUGGACUUGGACUUGAUCGAUUCUUCUCUGGAAGAGGCUUCUUUAGAGGAAUGGGUAGAUAUUAAAUAUAACGUGCCAACAAGUGAUAAAGACUAUUUUUCUGAGGAAAUAGCAGCGGCAAUUAAAAUCCAAGCCAUGUGGAGAGGGACAUAUGUCAGAUUGCUUAUGAAAGCCAGGACACCAGACACAAAGGAAAAUAUCAGUGUUGCAGAUACUCUUCAGAAAGUCUGGGCUGUACUGGAACAGAAUAUAGAACAUUAUGCAAUUUCUCUCCUAAGAUUAAUGUUUAAAAGCAAGUGCAGGUCUAUGGAAUCUUACCCAUGCUAUCAAGAUGAAGACACUAAGAUUGCUUUUACUGACUAUAUAGUGACUUAUGCAGACCAACCACCAAAUACUUGGUUUAUAGUAUUCAGAGAAACAUUUUUAGUUCCUCAAGAUAUGAUUUUGGUUCCCAAAGUAUAUACUACACUUCCAGUCUGUAUGCUCCACGUUGUUAACAAUGACACAAUGGAACAAGUGCCAAAGGUGUUCCAAAAAGUGGUGCCUUAUCUUUAUACUAAGAACAAGAAAGGAUAUACAUUCGUGGCUGAAGCUUAUACUGGUGACAUGUAUAUGCCGUCAUCACGAUGGAAACUGCGCCUAAUUGGUUCUUAUCAUCCACUCCCAUUCUUGUGUCGAGACCCUCCUUGUAACACCUUUGCCAUAAAGGAAAUCAGAGAUUACUACAUACCCAAUGAUAAGAAAAUCGUAUUCAGGUAUUCACUUAAGGUUGCAUUACCACAUCCUGUUACCAUACAGGUGCGCAUGUCCAAACCAGAUGCGUUCAUCAAGCUACAGAUCCUAGAAAAUGAAGAAGUUAUCGUGAGCGCAACUGGGAAGGGCCAAGCUAUAAUUCCAGCAAUUAACUGCUUGGGGGUUGAGAAAGCCUUGAGCUCCCAGUCUAGCAAGCAAAUUCUUUUAAGUCAUGCUGCACCUAAGAAGGAGCCAGAAUUUUACAUUAAGAAGAAAUCUGCCCAGGGAAGUCAGAAAUACUAUAAAAGACUUGGAAGUGCAAUUGACACUGGUCAGCCUAUUGUGGAUGAGGAAACGACCUGUGUACCCACCACAGAAGAAAACAUGAGCACAUCACAGCAGGUAUACAAGUAUGUCAUACAGUGUUCGGUGUUAUAUAACAGUUGGCCUCUCACUGAAAGUCAGUUGAUGUUUGUUCAAGCACUAAAAGACUUAGAGAAAAAUGAUAGCAAAGCUCAUGGAGAGAAACAUGAGGAAUUAAUUACCUUGGGAAGCCCAGAUUCCCACACUAUUAGUGAGGGACAGAAAUCUUCAGGAACUUCCAGAAUAACAAGGAAAGGCAAAGAAAAGUCUUCGGAGAAAGAAAAGACAGCCAAAGAAAAACAAGCACCUCGAUUUGAGCCUCAGAUGUCCACUGCUCACCCACAACCAGAAGACCCAAAUAAACCCUACUGGAUUUUGAGGUUGGUCACUGAACACAACGAAGCAGACUUUUUUGAAGUGAAAAAAGACACAGAACGAGCAGACGAAAUCCGAGCCAUGAAGCAAGCCUGGGAAAUGACUGAGCCUGGAAGGUCAAUCAAGGCUGCCCAGGCUCGUCUCCACUAUCUCAGCCGGUUCAUUAAGAAAAUGCCUGAUGCUGAGAGUGUGCCCAUGUCUGAGAGCCAAACCAAAGCCAGAGAAGAGAUAGAAACAUCUUCAAGUGUCAUAAGAGAGUCAGACACAAAGAGUCCCAUGAGUUUAGACAGCAAAGAGACCAUACCCUCAGGGAGCACGCUGUGGAAGAAGUGGCAGCUGAGCAAGAGCUUGAAGGAUCUGGCAAAACCUACCAGCAGCGAUAGUGGAGGAUCAUCCCCAUCCUCCUUCCCUAAGGAGGAGCGUGAGCAGGGCAUGCGGAAGGAAAAUAUCAGGCCUCAAUCACGAUCCCCAACAAUUUUGGAAAUGUCUCCACAACUUAUUCGAAAAAAACUACAAUGUGUAGACUUAAGUCAAUAUGUACGUAAAACAGAAACCAAGCCUCUGUUGCGAACGGAAGAACUGAGUCAGCUGCAAGCAAUGCAGAAAGCAGAGGAGGUCCAUCAGUUCCGACAGUAUAGGACCAGAAUCCUCAGCAUUCGAGAUAUUGACCAAGAAGAAAGGAUUAAAUUAAGGGAUAGAGUUCUGGAGAUGUACAAGGAAAUGCGGGACUCCGUAGACGAAGCCCGGCAGAAGAUCCUCAGCGUCCGGGAGGAGUACCGGAACAAGCGGCUGGACGCUGAGCGCCUCCGCUUGGAGGCUCUGGCCGCCGAGGAAGCCGUCAGCCGCGUGGAGCCCGAAAAGAAGGUCCCGGCCCCGGACACACAGAAAAAAAAGAAAGGAAUGAAAAAAUAACCAGGGGAUACCCCCAAUAGAAGAGGAUCUAUUUCUAAUCACCUGUAACUUUGAGAAAAAUAAGGUUUUAGGCCAAUUGAAAAAUAGACGUUUUUCUACCUUAGAAAUAGUUUCUGUGCUUUAAUGUUCAUGUACUAGUUUUUCCCUGAAAGCUAUCAUUUGAGUAUAGAAUUUUCUAAUUUCAAUAAAAAUAGCCUCCACAUAUUUAGAAUGUAAUAAACUUUACGUGUCUCCAUCUGAAUGGCUUCAUUUUCAGUUAGUAAUGAAAAUAGGAUCGCGAGUGAACCAACAGAUUGUCUUUGAAAAAUUCAACGAGAAAAAGAGCUAUUGUUCUUCAAAGAAAUUUUGUCUCUAACUUUAAAGGCUUUAAAAUAUUUUUAAAAGUAUGCUUUAGACCUGUGCUUUAAAAAAAAAAAAAAUAGGAACCAUCGAGACACCCAGCUCAACAGUCAAGAACUACCAUGAGUUAAGCACACACUCAAAUUGCUGGAAGCCUGAAUCCUGACCUGAGUCAGGACAACCCAGGCAGACAAGCUGAUCACGUACAUCCUUCGCUAUAUGUAUCAGCAGUAUUUUUUGUGACAUAGAACAUGUUCUUUCAUGCUAGUUAAAAAGAAAAAAAUACCGCGAGUGGAUUAACUGAGAUAUGCAGUAGGAAAUUGACUUUAUCAAAAGCACAUUUCCAAUUCAUAACUUUCUCAGAUAAAAACACCCAUAGACUUUUUGAACCAGU